AAUUUGAAUAACGAGUUGGAGUUAGAUUUUUUGUUAUGUAGUAGGAAGCGUAGAAUCAAUAACAAAACGAAAAAACCCCGUCCGAUAAAACAGUGAAAUGGUACUAGGAAUGCAACAAACUAGAAAAUAACCUAUAAAUACCAUAAUAUUAAUUGAAAUUUAGUUUAGUAAUAAUAAUAUUCAAUUUAUUUGCUUUUAAGUAGCCUAUGUUGUUAGCAAACAUAAAACAUGUGAAAUCAGAUUUAAUAGUUACCAACCUGAGAGUUUUGAAAUGCGUGAGUGACUACACCAGUUGGAUGGGGAAGGGCGGGUUUCCAGGGGUGGAGCUCCAGUGGGCCGUGGCCCGUGGUGCUCCAACAUUCUGAGCAUUUUAAGCUCUUUUAAAACGAUUUCAGGGAGUGUUUGUUGACAAUACAGGUACAUAAGCCAAAAUAUUUUUAAUAAAGCCACAUACAAUUUGAGUUCCAGAAAUUCGCCGACAAGAAGGGGUCCGACUUGUCCGACGGAGGGUUCGAUCCAAGGGCACGAGUAAAGCCCUCGUCAGGGUCACCGAAUAAAAAAGGAGUGGGCCCGGAGUAUUUAUGGGCUUAUUAAGUUAUUAUAGUAUUAGUAUGCUCCAAAUUGUUCUUUUAGACCAAAGUUCCGCAAACUAUGGGCCGCGGCCCAAAUUUUGGCGCGAAAUAUUUUUGGAGGGAAAAAUGAAAUAACAAAGGUACAUUUCAACAUAGAGAAAAUAGCUUAAAUAAAGCUGCUUCAUUGUUACUUACAAAUGCCUAGAUAAUGCGUGCUUUUUGACUUAUAAGCAGUUUUUAAUCUUACCGCAAUUGUUUUAUAAACCAAAAAAAUACACAUUAACACAACAACAUUCAUUACCCAAACUUCCAUUUAACGAUAAUGUUAGGGUUAUGGCUUUAACAAAAAUUUAUCAUUAGUGGAGAAGAAAUUUAUGCAAAUGAAGAGUGUGACGAAAGAAGUGACGGUAGUGGAUGAACCGCCCAAUGUCUUUCAAAGUUGCGGAGUGACUGAGUGUGCGUGAACCUUUUUAGAAGAAGGAGAAAGCUAUGAUGUGUGUGGCUGAACAGUCAGUUGUCAGGGAAAAAUAUGAGUAUUACAGUUUUGGAAAGCAGUCCUCGUAUUGGAGGCUGGAUUGAGUCUACUACCUUAAACAAUGGGGCAAUAUUUGAACAUGGACCAAGGAGUCUACGACCCAGUGGAGUUGGCAAAAACUCACUAGAUUUGGUCAACAAUCUUGGUUUAUCUGACAUUGUUGUUCCAGUAUUGCAGUCACAUCCUGGUGUAAAGAAUCGAUUUAUAUAUGCCAAUGGUCAGUUGCACACCCUACCUAGCAGUCUGGGGGCACUCUUCAAGAAACAGACUCUCUUCUCUCAACGGCUCAUUACCAGUUUAAUCAAGGAAAUAUUCAAGGAAAAAAAUUGUAAACAAGAUGAAAGUAUUCAUUCAUUUGUUAGUAGAAGAUUUUCGACAGAAAUUGCAGAUUAUUUAGUUGAUGCUUUUUGUAUUGGAAUAUUUGCUGCAGAUUGUCGUAACCUUAGCGUAAGAUCCUGUUUACCACUGCUAUUUGAUGCGGAACAGUCUCGUGGCUCAGUCGUACUUGCAAAUCUCUUUCCUUCUGCAGAUAUUGAUGAAGGUAUUGAAAAGUGCCACUUAAUAAAGAGAGCUCAAGAGGAAGGAUGGUCUAACUGGACUUUAAGAGGUGGUCUUCAAAGGCUGCCUGAUAAAAUGCACCAAACUCUGAAAAAUGAGGGAGUGAAUGUAACUACUUCAACAGCUUGCACAUCAAUAGAAUUUAACCAAACGAAUGCUGGUAAAAUGGUAGCUAACAUAAGAACAAGUUCAGGUGCCAACAUAGAAGCAGAUCAUGUGAUAGGUGCUGUAUCAUCACAAGCUCUUGCAGCUUUGUUGCCAGAGUGUCACUCCACAUUUACUAAUGUGUUGUCAUCAUUGGAUGCUGUUGAUGUUGCUGUUGUUAACUUGGAAUAUUCUGGCAAUGUUUUAGACAAGCAGGGUUUUGGAUAUCUUAUUCCAUCAAAUCAGAAAUGUAAACUUCUAGGUGUGGUAUUUGACUCGUGUAGUUUUCCAGACAAUGAUCGGCAAGAAUCGGCAUCAACUCGAUUAACGUGUAUGAUGGGUGGCAGUUGGUUUCAGGAAUAUUUUGGUGAUCCACAUUCCGUUGAUCAUGAUCAUCUAUUGGCUGUUGCUAAGGAAACCAUCCGAGAGCAUCUUGGGAUUGUUCAGGAGCCAGAGAAUACUGCAGUCAGAGUUCAACACAAAUGCAUUACCUCAUAUCGACCAGGACAUUUCAAAACAUUAGAAAAUCUUGAAUCUUAUAUAGAAGAAAGGAAUCUGCCGCUAUCCUUGGUUGGAUCGUCUUACUAUGGCGUCAGUGUGAAUGAUUGCAUCUAUAAUGCACGCAAGACAGCUGAACGAAUAAUUAAUUCCAUUUGACAAUGUAUACAGUAUAUGCAAAUGAGAAAUUCUUUAAAAUGAUAGUUGCAGAUGUUUAAGCAAUAAUUAUGAAUGUGUGAGUCUGAUUAAUCCGACACAUCAUGAUGAAUUAUAAACAUCCAGAGCUUUAAUACAAAAUGGUUGGCUGUGAUUGAGCUAGCAGACAUCAUGGGACAUAUUCAUCUGGAUGGAAAUUCAUCCUUAAUUUAUUUUUAGAUUAUCCCCUUGUAACAUUCCUCUUUAAUAAGUGCCAAACCAAGGAGAAAUUUUUUAGUUAUGCUCUUAGUUGUGCAUUUUUAGAACCUAUGCAUUGAUAAUCAACUAAGUGAGAAGGCUAACAAUACCGAUGCAAAUACACUGAAAGCAGUAUUUAGUUACUAUCUUUUCAAUGUAUAAUUAAUUAGUACAUCAACUAUCAUUUUGUUAAAUAAUUGUUUCUAACUAUUGUCUUAUUAAAACUGAUGUUAUUCAGAAUAACAAGAUUAAAUGAAAAAA